GAGUCAACACAUACAAGGCCACAGAGUUGUCACCUCUCCUGCUUCAAACGAAUCUGCAGGACCCCAUUGAUCUCAGCGUCUACAGGAAGUCGACAGCAGCUCACAGCAGCCCAGCACAGUAUGUGGUGGGGCCUUUGCAGCCUGCUGACCUGGCUCCCCGUACAAGAGGCCCUUCUGGCUACCCACACGGAAAAGGUCACCGUCACCGUGGAAGAAGGCCAGACGCUCACCCUGACCUGCACUGCUGCUCCGACCCCGACCAGGGCCACCUCCCUGCAGUGGCUAGCACCUUCCGGUUUCACCAUGUUUUUAAAUGACCGCCCUGCUUUCAAAAACUCCAAGUACCAGCUCCUUGCCCACUCGGCCGGCCAGCUCACCGUCAGCGUGCCGAACGUGACCCUGCAGGACGAGGGCUCGUACCGGUGUCUACGCUACAGCGACUCCGUGACGACAGAGGAAGUGAAGGUCGUUGUGCUGGCAACGCCUUCCAAGCCCACCCUGGAAGCUUCAGUGGUCAGGGGGCAAAACGGAGAAGAAGACGUUGUCCUUACAUGCUCCACUGUGAGGAGCAAACCCCCUCCGCAGAUAACCUGGCGGCUGAGCGGCGGCCUGGAGCUCUACGGCGUGACGCUCCAUGCGUGGAAGGCCGACGGGAAGACAUACGACAGCACCAGCACACUCAGGGUGCGCAGCCAUGGCAGCCACGCCACAGCGGACUGCGUCGUCCGGCACCCAGGCCUGCGCGGGAGCACGCUGGUGGCACCCUUCCGGUUUGAGGAUUUGGUUCCUGAUGGAGAGCCAGCGUCAGAUGACCUGGACGAAAGCUCCCUGUCCACUCAAGACCCUCAGCAGUCCCCUGGCUCCGCGAUGGAAGGCUCCGGCACACUAGAGGUGAACGAGGACGAGAAAGGACAAACCACUCAAGACCCCAACUUGGCCACUGAAGCCAAUCCUCAGUACGUGGGCCUGGCCCGGAAGAAAAGUGGCGUACUGCUGCUCACUCUGGUGUCCUUCCUCAUCUUCGUCCUCUUCAUCAUCGUCCAGCUCUUCAUCAUGAAGCUGCGGAAAGCACACGUGGUCUGGAAGAAAGAAAAUGAAAUUUCAGACCACACACUAGAAAGUUACAGAUCAAGGUCAAACAAUGAAGAAACGUCUUCCCAAGAGAAAAAUAGCCAAACGCCCCGUCCUAAGCGUUGCAUGGACUACCUCACGCAGCUCUACUCCGAAGCAAAAACAAAGAGGAAGGAAAACGCACAACAUUCAAAACUGAAAAGGAAGCUCGCUCACAUGCCAGAGAGCAUUGUGUAGACCCCAGCCAGAAGGCAGGAUGUCCAGGCAGCCACGCAUCGGCUCAGCGGAGCGGGCUGCGGGCAGGUGCUUGAUGGCUGUGCCGGGAAACGUCCUUGGAGUGCAAUGAAAGACAGUGUCCUCAGAUGACCAUCUGCCCCAGGGACAGGGCAGCAACAGGAGAACCAAACCACGGGCAGAAAACUCGUAGUUUAAAAAAAAAAAAGAAAAAAGAAGAAAAAGGAAAGAAAGAACCUAUCAUUCCCGACACUACUUCGGAGCAAGAGGAGUCCUCUAAGCCCUGUGGAUCAGGGUCAGUGUGACCAGCUAACAUCUUGCCUUGAAGGGAACAGGAUUUUUCACAUCCUGAACAUGAAGAGGGCCAGCUGGUGGCGUGGUGCUUAUGGAGGCUGGAUCCCACAUGGCCAGCUC